CAGUCCGUGCUUCCCCUGCCCGGGCAACCAUAAUUUGUUUUGACGCGACAGAUUUAUCUCCAAAGGGGAUUUGGAAAGUUACAUAGCAAAGUACAACAUCAUCAUAGGCACAUAUCCUGAUUUGAUAUUUACGGUUUCUUCAAGUUCACCCCACCUCAAUCAUGGGUGAAAAGAUCACCGAAGAUCAAGUAGCAAACUUGCUGGCAAUACUUCGAACAGAUGCUUUGAUAGAUUCGAAGGUCAAUCAGAUCAACAACAUCAAAUCCAGUAUCAAACAACAUAACGUUCCAGAACCAUGCAUACUUUCACUAUUUGAAGCCUUGCGCAUAGCAAUGUCGUCGCAGCAUGCCGCACUAGUCAACGCUGGGUUCUCUACCCUCAAUCAUCUCCUCACCAGAUUGUCACGCCAGGAACCAAAAUACAUUGUCAAGGAAGCUGCCCGAACUCUGCCAAUGAUAAAUGAUAAGAUGGGCGAUCAGAGGGAGAAAUAUCGACAACUUGCUGCGCAAUGUCUUACAACGUUCUGGAAAAAUGCGCCGAUGGAUGUGGAAAGGAUUGUGAAGAACGCAGGACUGAUAGGAAAGAACUCGAGGAUGAAAGAAAAUUCAAUGAAUUGGAUUGUACAGAUGCACCAAGAGCAUGGAAUGGCAUUCAAAAGUUUUGUAACUACAUUAAUGGAGCUACUCGAAGACGCCGAUGGCAUGGUAAGAGAUACUGCGAGAAACACUGUCAUCACCUUGUUCCAGAAUGCCCCCAACGGAGCCAAAUCCGAUCUCAAGAAGCAGUUGAAGAACUUCAAUGUUCGACCCGCAAUCGUAUCGGCUAUCACGAGUCAACUUAUACAAGGAGGAGCCCCAGUAGUUGUGGAACCGGAAAGAACUGAAGUCCCUAUGCGAAAUCCUUUAGCUAGUAGUGCAUCUGCGAUGACCGUCUCAAGACCAGCAACACCAGAAGUCAGAAUUGAGCAAGUAGACCCUGCAUAUGUGAAUACACAAAGGGAAUUGGAGGAAACUUUUCAAGAAAUGCAUCAAUGGUUCCAAGACAAGGAGUCUGAAGCAAAUUGGUUCAAGAGAGAGCAAAGUUGUACAAAGUUACGAAGACUGAAUGCUGGAAACGCCCCAAGCGACUAUCAUGAUGCUUUCCUUGCUGGUAUCAAAAGUCUUUUGGAUGGUAUCUUGAAAGCGGUUAAUUCAUUGAGAACCAGUCUUUCAAAAGAAGGGUGUAGUGUCGUUCAAGAAAUUGCUCGAACUGCUGGGCCUGGACUGGAUCCUAUGGUCGAAAUUCUUCUACAAAACCUUAUCAAACUCUGUGGUGGCACUAAAAAAAUUAGUUCGCAGAACGGAAAUUUGACAGUUGAUAUUAUUAUCAGCGGCGUUACCUAUAAUCAUCGCAUCAUGCAACAUAUCUGGCUCGCGUGCCAAGACAAGAAUGUUCAGCCUAGAACAUAUGCCACAGGCUGGCUCAAAACAUUGCUUAAGAAGGAGGCGCAACAUAAGAGUCACGUUGAACAUAGCGGAGGCUUGGAACUAAUUGAAAAGUGUAUAAAAAAGGGUCUAGCUGAUGCCAACCCUGGUGUUCGCGAGAAUAUGAGAUCGACCUAUUGGACUUUUGCUCAGAUAUGGCCAGCAAGGGCUGAGUUAAUAAUUGAGGACCUAGAACCGACCCAGAGGAGAUUAUUAGAGAAUUCUCCAGACAACCCCAAUGCACCAAAGAAGGCAGCGGCAGUUAGCACUGCAAGGCCUGGCCUUGGUUUCUCUAAGAGCACUACUGGACCUCCUAGACCUUCUUUGAGGGAGACCAUGUUAGCUCAGAAAAAGGCACAAAUGGCCACCAAGACUGUACCUACUCGUCCUGGUUCUGCUAUGUCGACAUUUUCUCCAACAAGGACCGUUCCAACCGCAUCGGGUAAACAGUCGUCUGCAGAAGUAGCUCCCACAAGACCACACCUAGAGGCUACUGGAUCUCGUGGCGGUCUUUCGGUUGCACCCAUGCGACCAAGUAAAUCUAAGAGACCAGAGCUUGCUGCUAGACCUGCAACUGCCGGGCCAUAUUCUGUAAGAAGGACUAAUCAAGCCUCCAGCGAAGCAAAUGCCAGCCCUUCAUCCUCCACAUCCGCAAGGCCACCAAGAUCUAAAACUCCUGUUGCUACCAGCUCUCCCCAGGCUAGAAGGGCUCCAAUUCCGAGACCCAACACAAGCCAUUCCAGUCAUCCCACGCAAUCUCAUCACCCAACCCAAUCUACUUACACAAGUCCUGCAGCAAAAAGUACAUCUGGGCGAGUCGUAACUGCUUCUCCUAGACUUGCUGCUUCCCCUCACAUCAGUAGUCCCGUUAGGACAAGAACCAAAUCGGUACCUGGAUUACCUGGUCCUGCAUCUAGUCCUUCAAGAGCAGAUGAAGAUUUUACAAUGGUUGUUCCCACAAUUACAGGGUUAGAACGGAUGAGAUCUGAGAAACUCCCCCAGGUCUUUGACCCACCUGAGGUGGAAGAUAUUAAAGCUCCUGUCAAUCAGCCGAUGAAGGUUUAUGAAGACCCAUUCUCAAGCACAGAUGACACUACUAUUCCAGGACCUACAGUUCCUCAAUCCGUUUUAGAAGAAGUGCCUGUCAACGAAGAUGCCAUGAACCUGUCAAGAAAUGGCAUUAGCGAAUUUGAUGGCGAAGGAGCCAAGAACCCACCAAUGUCCCCGGAUAAACUUAAACAAAGCACAAAAUUACUCGAUAGCGGUAUCUCCAAGAUCAGAGCCAAAUCUCUAGACGUCCAUGGUUUCCGAAAACUUCAAGCUAUGAUCAGAGAUAACAAAGCCGUAUGGGGAGAAGGCAGAUUCCCCGCCCUCUUGUUAGGACUUUUUGAAUAUCUUGAAGAACCAUUAACAAAUCUCUCGCCCGCAAAAGUUCAGGAUGUGAAAGCACAAAUACUUGCUACAGUCAAACUCUUGUAUAAGAAUUACCGAGAGUAUUUCAGACCACAUAUCGCAAAAGGCUUUCACUCUAUCCUUGUAACUAGAUCCUGCUAUGAUGCACGCGCCCAUAUUGUCAGUGGCCUCGAACUUCUCGCCGAUGAGCUUGUUACACUUGCCAACCCUAAAGAGACCAUCCCGACCAUUCUCGACUCCCUCUCUAACGAAGAAAUGACAUUGGAAGGAUGCCGAAAAUUUGGUAUGGGAUUACAUAUACUCAAACAAACUUUAGAUAUCAAAUCAGAUGUUGAGUUGGAAGAUGCGGAAAUUGAUAGUAUCUUGGAAUUGGCGGCGAAGUGUCUUGAAAGCAAGGAGAGCGGAGUGAGACUGGAUGCUGUGGUACUCUGUGUGAGUACGCAUGCAAGAAUCGGAGAGGCAAGAUUCUGGAGUGGAAUUGGUGGAAGAGUGAGUGGUGAUCCAAAGAGCUUGAUCACGUACUACAUUGUCAAGAGGCAGAGGGAGUUGGAGGUAGAAAACUAACGUUGUGGAGGGUGACAUGGAACGAAGGUCAGUGGCAUAAGCUAAUGUUUCAUUUGAGCGAACGAAGGGAAUGAUGAGUAAGAUCGUUGUACAAUACGAAAGUCUUUUGUUUUGAGUGGAUAUUUUUGGGAUAUUUUCUGGGUGGUGCGAUGGAUUCUAUGGUAUGCAGCGAGGGAAAAUGGAAGGGCGAUACAAGGCGUUGUGCAGUGCACGUUACAUAUCAACUUUCUGGUUAUUGGCAGAGGCGUAAGAGUUUGAGUCGUAGUCAUAGUCAUAGUACAUCUAUAUGUUAU